AUGUAUGUCUAUGUUCAUUCUUGUUUGCAAAAUACAAACUUUUUGGCUGGUGGCUGUUCCAUUACGUCACCCGCCAAUUUUAUUUAUUUAUUUUUUAUAAGAUUAAAUCUUUUUCUUUUGGGGUGCUUCUGGACUCUUUUUGGGCUUUCUUCGAUGGGUCUCUGUGCCGUUAACUCCUCUCACUUCACCAUUUCCUUCUCUCUUAAUCUCUUUGUUUGCGAGUGCAGAAGAAUAUUUGUCUGUUCUCUUAUUAUCAUCUGGGGGUCUAAAGAGGGUCUUUAUCAGUUGCGGGUAGAGGUGGAAGUAGAGAAGAGAGAAGAGACAGUAAUAUGAUUAAUUAGUUCCUAUCCAUAGAGCCAAUAUUCGCGCCUCCUUUUUUUCCCUCUCAAAUCUUGUCCACCAAUUUAGCUCAAUCUGAUAGUGAGAGUACAGACAAUGAGAGCUUAUGAUGUUCAGCAUAUUUUUCUUUCUUUACAAAGUUGAUGAUCUCAUAACAAUAUUUGCUCAUUAGGGCUUUCUCUCUCUCUUGAGCUUUUCUUUCCUUUCUUAUUAUAUAACCCUAUUUGUGUCCCGUUCGCCUAUUCUUCUCUUGGUUGUUCUUUUUCCUUUCCAUUUCUUCUCUUUCUUGGGAUCUGAUCCGACCAAAAGCGAGCGGGUUCAAUUCCCAAGGAAAUAUCUUUAUAUUAUCACUUUUUAUUGUCCUUUUGUGUGUUUUUAGGAGCUGCUUCCACUAUAGUUGGAGUGGAAUUAAGCUGCACCCAGUUUAGGGUAUAUCAUUCUAUUUUUGGAGUACGAGUGUGUUUAUGCUUCUUCAGUUCAAUAGAACUUCAGACAACCCAGAUCUGAUCGAAGACCCGAGCAGGAGAGCAUGAAUAGUUUUUCACAUGUUCCUCCUGGUUUUCGGUUUCAUCCAACUGAUGAAGAACUUGUUGAUUACUACCUUAGGAAGAAGGUAAAUUCAAGAAGGGUUGACCUAGAUGUCAUUAAAGACGUCGACCUCUACAAAAUCGAGCCAUGGGAUCUUCAAGAACUCUGCCGAAUAGGGACAGAUGAUCAAAAUGAGUGGUACUUUUUCAGCCAUAAGGAUAAGAAGUAUCCAACAGGAACUCGCACAAAUAGAGCCACUGCAGCUGGAUUUUGGAAAGCAACAGGUAGAGACAAGGCAAUUUAUUCGAAGCAUGACUUGAUUGGAAUGAGGAAGACCUUAGUCUUUUACAAAGGUCGUGCUCCAAAUGGACAAAAAUCAGACUGGAUUAUGCACGAGUACCGCCUUGAAACUGACGAAAAUGGCACUCCACAGGAAGAAGGUUGGGUCGUUUGCAGGGUGUUCAAGAAGAGAAUAACAACCAUGAGGAAAGUGAAUGAGCAUGAGUCAAGCAGCUGGUACGAUGAUCAAGUUUCAUUCAUGCAAGAAGAGGAUUCGCCAAAGCAAAACUCACAUCCUGAUUUGGCUUAUCACGUCUCCUACACCUGCAAGAAAGAGCUAGGUUUUCAGUACCAGGUCCCCCAUGAUCACUUCCUCCAGCUCCCACUUCUGCAAAGCCCUAAACUGCUGCAAGUAGCUGCUAAUGUAAGCUGCACUUCUACUGCUGCAUAUGGGCUAGACAUGAAUCAGCAGGCACGCACUCCGCAAUCUUCAUCAGUGGCACAAGAAGGCCAUCUUCAUCAAAGACGCGAACAAAGCUUGCAUUCUCUCUUUGCUAAUAACCAAAGUAAUAACAAUAAUACUGAGCAAGCAGUUGAUCAAGUUACUGAUUGGAGAGUGCUAGACAAGUUUGUUGCUUCUCAACUAAGCCAAGAAGAUGUGAAUAAGGAAAAUAAUAACUACUCAAAUGCAGCCAACAACAUCUUCCACGCAUCAGAUCAAGCAAAUCAACUUGCUAAACAAUCGAACAAGCAAGAAGCUGCACCAGGAAAUGCUUCAACAUCGACCUCUAGUUGUCAAAUUGACUUAUGGAAGUAAUUAAUAAACAUCCUAUGUAAGAUUGUGCAACAGUAUAUAUACUCUGAUCAUAAGAUGUUAAUUAAGGGGUAAUUUAAAGGGAAGGUUAUAAUCUAAGUUCUUGUACAUAAUAAAACAAAGAAAUCAUAUAACUUUAACUGUUGUUUUUUUUCCUAGUAUAUGUUAAGAUAAUUAAUAGAGCUAGAAACGAAAAUUCAUGUUCCUUUUAAGAUGAAAUAGUAUUUUUAGGUUGGAGCUGCCGCGUUUGCUGUAUGUAAAAGGCAUUUCAGUUAAAUAGCUAAGCCAGUGGUGUAGCAAC